ACAGCAUUACGGAGAACCAGCAGCAACAAGAUGAAUUUACAGAAUGGUAACAGUAAUCGUGGUCUCCAGGGAAAAGAUACAGCCAAGCGAUUCUCCAUACACGAUGCAUUCGAGGAGGAAACGGACGAAGUAAUUAAGGUGUACGGCUCGACCGUCAUCAGCACACCGAUGCGAGCGAAGGCCCGUUCGCCGGACGAUGUGUCGAUAAGAAUACAUGACCAAAGUAAUCGAGCCCACCUAAAAUACACCGAUGAUACCACCUCCAGGGACAGUGAUUCGCUGAUACAGGAGUAUGGCCAUCUAUCGUCAAGCGAAUCGUACACCUACUGCUGGCGGCAUCCGAAGGUCCGAGAAAACUGGCGCACAGUGUUGGCCGCUAUUGCACUGCUAAUCAUCGGUACCGGCCUGAUUGCGAUGGGCGCGUACGCUCUGGUCGAACCACACAACGGAUCACAGUCAGCAGUAUUUUUCGUGGCCGGCUUCAUCUGCUUUGUGCCUGGCGCGUACCACGUCGUGUACAUCUGGUUGGCGGCCCGCGGCUAUCGAGGAUUUGACUUUUAUCAUUUACCUCUCUUUACGUAAGUGUAUU